AUGCCUCACAUUCAACUUCGAUAUGUAGUAACGCUGGAUCAUCGAAAGGCGGGUGCCUUGAUUGGGAAACUCGCUUGCAAAAACAACUUCAACGAGCAUUCGUUUCAGGUCAUGGCAUUGAUGCUCAAAUCCUGGGCAGGAAUCCCUCUCACCAGACAAGAGCUUCACAAGUAUUCCUUCCAGAUACACGACAAGAACUUUACUGCAGGCGAAGAUGGUUGGUACGAGGAGGCGCGAAAGUUGAACAUUGUCGCACUUCCACAAAAGAGAACUCUCAAAAACUGCUACGUGCUGGUGGUGGAUCAAGUGCACCCAAAUGCCGCGUCGAGUCCUCAUGUGAUUGUGGGCGACUUCAGUGUCCACAAGGACGCCAACAAGAGCCGAGUGUGCAAAUACGAGAAUGCGAGUUGCAAAGACGAUGCCAACAACCCAGCUCACAACCCAGAGGACAAGCCAAUGCCGCAGCCUUGCCUUUCCAACGAGAAAGUUGCAGCUAUGGUCAAUGGAUGUGAAGAGUACAAAGCCUUGGUUCGCUGGUCAGCUUGUACGCAGGUACGCAACGCAUUGGCAGUGAACUAUGUUCUCAUUUCGGAGCACGGAAUGAACUUGAUGAGAAACGAUUAUCGUCUUGAUGAUGAUGGAAAAAUCAAGACUUGCCGUGCCGACCACGAACAUGAUAUUCCCUACUUUGCCAAAAUUGACAACUGGGAGGAACUCAUUCGCUACAAAGUCCAGCAGGCGAAUGGAAACUCCGGUUUCGAGGCUCGUCAACCGGGCAAUCUACGAGCUGCCACUGCGAGAGGCGGCGGUGUUGUUGAUCUUCCGGUCGACAGCAACGGAGACGAAGAGUUUGCUGCCGUGGGUGGUGAUGGUGGCGGUGAAGCUGGUGAAGCUGGCGAAGCAACUGCGGAGGUCGAAGCCAUCCCAGAGGCCGAGGCCGAAUUUCCACCGAUGCCUCCACUCAACCACACGGCUGCGAUUCCACCAGCCCAGGCUGCUUUUCUCACUCAAGAACAAGUCGAGGCAGAGCUUGCCGCUACUGUGAUUGAACGGGAUGAGCUGCGAUCGAAGGUAGAUGGACUGCAAUCACAGCUUGAUGACACCAAGAAAGAGCUGGAGAUGAAAGAGAAGUGGUUUUCGCAGCAGCUCCAUACUGCUUUGAAGACGGGCUACGAACAAGCCCAGAAAGAUUUGCACGACAGUCAAGAGCGUCUCAAGGUGGAGCUAGUCAAGAUCAAAACAGAAAAUGCAAAUCUAAAACUCAAGCUCGCAGAGAUCGCCCAGAAAGCCUUGAACCAAGGCCGAGAAGAAGAACAGCCCAAGGCGCAGCCCGCCAAUAUAGGAAAGGAAAACAAAAGUAUGCGGCGACAGCUUGCACAAGGGAAGCCCCGGGUUCCUGAUGCUUGUGUCUCCACCGUCAAUACUGCUUUUGAUGGGAAUGGUACAACUGACAAGUCACACCGCGACAAGAAAAGAGCUCCUUGUCGUGAGCGUAUGGGUACCGAAACCGACAAUCAGCGUGCUGGAAAGAAGAAAAGCAAGCCAUCAAACGGAGGAGUCUCUGCAACUCCUAACCCCGUCCGCAUGGCACCAAUCAAGUGUGAGCCUGUACUGUCCAGCUCACAGGGAGAUCUGGUGCCAGGAUUCCAACCUUCUGAUGGCUGUACCGGUACUGUGAUGCGUGUUGUCAAAAAGGAAACCCCACCAGCUCCUUGA